AAAGAGCUGUUUGCCUUCCAAACGCAAGGAAACGCUGAAUUACAACAUCACAGUAGAACAGCGACCAGACACACGGUCCCUCUCAAUAACCAACAGAGGCAACCGGUGUAACCUAGGCAACAUCUCAACCAAUUUAGACAGUUGAAGAAUCAAACCAUUUCUCUAUUUUAACAACGUUUUUUUUUAAUGUACUUAUAGUACGUAUUUGUCACGGCACAUUUCACUGUUAUAGUCAAAUUUAGAGAGAGAAAAGUUUUCACUGCGCCGCGGGAGCGUGAGGAGAGAAGCUCAACCGAACUUUUGCUGAGAGUGAGGAGAAAGCAUGUCGGCACUCAUCAGCGUGUACUCGUCUUGGCCAGAGAGCUUUGAGUGCUCAACGGGAGAUGGGGACGUGCCUGACGGACACGGCUCGCAAAGGACUCCCGCGGACAAAGCAUCGGAGCCGCGCAUCAGACGGCCCAUGAACGCGUUCAUGGUCUGGGCUAAAGAUGAGAGGAAGCGCCUGGCUGUCCAAAACCCAGACCUGCACAACGCAGAGCUCAGUAAGAUGCUGGGCAAGUCGUGGAAGUCCCUGACCCCUCUUCAGAAACGUCCCUACGUGGAGGAGGCCGAGAGGCUGCGCGUGCAGCACAUGCAGGACUACCCCAACUACAAGUAUCGCCCUCGUCGCAAGAAGCAGCUGAAGCGCAUCUGUAAGCGUGUGGACCCCGGGUUCCUACUGAGCAGCCUGGGGGGGCCGGACCAGAAUGCCCUAACUGACUCCCGGGGUCUCUGUCUCCCUCUGGGUUUGGAUAAAGAAGGGGAUGGUGGGUUUUCAUCACACUCUUCCCUCAGCCCGGUUAGAUCCUUAAGAGAUGUACCGUCCAGCAGCACCUACCCCUACGGCCUCCCUACCCCGCCUGAGAUGUCCCCUCUGGAUACGGCCCUGGACCACGACUACCCCUCCUACUACCCCUCCUCUUCUUCUUCCUCUUCAUCCGUCUCGGAGGAGCGCCACCAGCACCAGCGUCAGGGUCAGGCCCCCGGAGGUGGAGGUGGUGGUGGAGGUCACAUGGGCCUGAGUCCUCCGCCCUACCACCCUGACUACACCCAGACACAGACUUCCAUCCACUGUGGCUCCCACUCCCACCUAGCCCACCUCUCCCACAUGUCCCAGGCUCAGUCCGGAGGCCUCAUCCCUGGGCAUCCUCUGUCCUACUACAGCCCAUCCUCAUGGUCCUCCCAGCUCCAGGUCCACCCGGGUCUCCAGCCCCACCAUCACCCCCACUUGGGGCACCUCUCCCCGGGUCACCACCACCAGCACCACCUGGGUCAGCUCUCUCCUCCUCCAGAGCAGAACCAUGACCAGAACCACGGUCCACUGGAGACACUGGACCAGCUGAGUCAGGUAGAGCUUCUAGGGGAGGUCGACCGUGAUGAGUUCGACCAGUACCUGAACUCGACCGCGGCGGGUGCGGCGGCAGCGGGGAUAGGGGUAUUCCACUCUGAACACGGAGGAGGAAUGACUGUGACGGGUCACAUUCAGGUGACGUCUGGGAGCAGCGUUGUCGCGGAAACCAGCCUGAUCUCUGUGUUAGCGGACGCCACGGCAGCGUACUACAACAACUACGGCAUUUCUUAGACGGUCACCAUGCCGACACCAACAGCUCCCGUCAUCACACCUGGAGACUGACCUGGGGGGCCAUAAUGUGUCACGGGUCUCAGAGUAGGACUGUUGAUCUAGGAUCAGGUGUCUAAUAUCCGUGUAAUCUUAUUAAAUUGUGAUCUAUAAGGCAAAAAUUUGAGACGCUUGUUACCUAUGGCUCCUGGUAGGCUGAAGAUGGGUUAGUGGGG